AGAAUAGAAACAAAGCAAAGAAGCAUACAACAACAGCAAGCAACCCCUUUUCUCUCUCUAAAAACCAAGAACAUCCCCUUCUCUCUCUCUAGGCAUUAACAUAUAAGAAGAAACAGAGGUAACCCCUCUCUCUCUCUCUUUCUCUCUCUAGACCAUGGACCUAGACCACCGGCCCACCCAGCUAGUGUUCUUCCCCUACCCUCUCCAAGGGCACCUCACCCCCAUGCUCCAACUCGCCCAAUCUCUUCUCUCUCUCAACCCAUCCUUCAAAAUCACCAUCGCCCACACUCAUUUCAACUCACCCAAAAUCGAAUCCCCCCUGAAAUUCACCCUCAUCCCGAUCGACGACGGCUUGCCCGUCAAUUGGCAACCAAAAGGUGGUGCCGAUCUCUUAAAAUUGGUGGACACAAUAAGCAGCAACUGUCGAGCUCCAUUGUUUUCUCUACUGUCUCGCCUCAAUGAAGAGGACCCAGUUGCUGGUUUUUUCUAUGAUGGGAUCAUGGGGUUUGCUGGAGAGGUGGGUACAGAGUUGGGAUUGAAGGCAAUGGCGUUUAGGACGAGUAGUGCCACUUCUUUUGCGGUUUUUGCCAACAUUGAGAAGCUUCAUGAAAUGGGUUACUUGCCAAUUCGAGAUUUUGAAUCCGAAGAACGGAUUUCUGAACUACCACCGCUUCGAAUAAAGGACCUGCCAGCUUUCUCAUCCGAUAACAGUGUCUUGGAAAGCUUUUGGGCUGGUAUCUCACAAUUAACCAAACAAACUAAGAAAGCCUCUGCACUGAUUUUGAAUUCUCUAUCCGCACUCGAAAAUGAGGCUCUCAAAAUGAUUCAGCAUGAUUUUCAUAUCCCCAUUUACGCAAUCGGUCCCCUAAACUGUCAAAUUUCUCUCAAUCUCUUGCCAGAAGAUAGUAAGUGUCUCUCUUGGCUCGAUGCGCAACCUCCCAAGUCAGUCAUAUACACAAGCUUUGGGAGCCUAGCGGGAAUGGACUCGAGCCAAGUGGCUGAGAUAGCAUGGGGCUUGGCCAAUAGUGGGUGCCGCUUUUUGUGGGUGGUGCGCCCAGGCUCAGUUAAUGGGUAUGAUGCGGCAGAGCUUCCUAGUGGAUUCAUGGACCAAGUGGGCUCUCGCGGCCUCGUGGUGGGCUGGGCCCCUCAAAAGGAUGUGCUAGCCCAUCAAGCAGUGGGUGCGUUUUGGACACAUUGUGGGUGGAACUCGACGCUCGAGAGCCUGUGUGCUGCUGUGCCCAUGGCUUGUUGGGCUCGUUUCGGGGACCAAAAGGUGAAUUCGAGGUUGGCUUGUGGAGUUUGGAGGGUUGGGUUGGAGAUGGGGAGAGAGGUAGAGAGAGGAGAGGUGGAGAGGGUGGUGAGGAGGUUGUUAAUGGAGAGAGAAGGGGAGGAGAUGAGAGAGAGGGGAAGGGAAUUGAUGCAGGUUUUGGAGAGCAGCCUGGAGAAAGGGGGCUCUUCCUAUGAGGCGUUUGAGGCUCUGGUUAAUAAGUUGAAAUCUUGAUUCUUGAGAGAUUUCAUGUGUGCCUGAGUUGGAAAUAAAAGAAGGGAUUGUAUACAAUGAGAUUAUUUAGUUUUGAUACAAGAUGGUCACAAUUGCUUAUAACUAUCUGAUAUGAAAUGAAAUUUGAUGAUUUGGGCAUGG